AUGGCGACAGGUCUCUUCGCGUCUCUCCCGAAGCCCAAAUACACAGGCGAACACGAGGAUGUGCCCAUCCAUGCCCAACCCAAAGGACCUCGCAUCGUUGGUCCUGGAGUGAUUGAUGAGUCGCAGAUUGUUCUCAAGGUUAGUAGAGGUCUUUCCGAAAGUGUUUUUUACACUAACAAUUCCGUGAAACAGCGCUCCGGACCCCCUCCCUAUGGCCAGCGCUCAGGAUGGCGACCACGAUCAGUAGAGGAUUUCGGCGAUGGCGGGUCCUUUCCAGAAAUUCCUGUCGCACAAUACCCUCUCGAUAUGGGCCGCAAGGGCACUGCCUCUACUUCAAAUGCCCUAGCAUUACAGGUCGAUGCCGAAGGCAAAGUCAAGUAUGACGCCAUUGCCAGGCAAGGUCAUAAUGAGAACAGAAUCAUCCAUUCUAGUUUUAAAGAUCUUAUACCGUUGAGACAACAAGCGAAUGCUGGAGAACUCAAUUUGGAUCGACCCAGUCAAGAAGAAGUCGCUGUCAGUGCCGAGAAGACGAGACUGGCCUUGGAGAAAUUGGUCUCCGGUGCGGUUGCUGCGCAGAAGCCUAAGAAUGUUAAAGGUGUUAAUCGGGAUGAACCGACUUAUGUCCGCUAUACACCGGCAAAUCAAAUGGGCGACAACUCCAAGAAAAAUGAUCGAAUCUUCAAGAUUGUUAAACGACAAGAAGAUCCCAUGGAACCACCCAAGUUCAAGCAUAAGAAGAUCCCCCGCGGUCCACCAAGCCCCCCUCCACCAGUCAUGCAUUCUCCUCCAAGGAAAUUGACAGCCGAAGAUCAAGAAGCUUGGAAGAUUCCUCCGCCAGUAUCGAACUGGAAGAAUCCAAAGGGCUAUACCGUUCCACUGGACAAGCGAUUAGCUGCUGAUGGGCGAGGAUUGCAAGAUGUGACCAUCAAUGACAAAUUUGCCCAAUUUGCAGAAGCAUUAUUCACAGCGGAUCGCCAUGCACGAGAAGAAGUGAAACUACGAACACAAAUGCAACAGAAAUUGGCCGAAAAGGAAAAACUGGCCAAGGAGGAUCAUUUACGAGAAAUGGCGAGAAAAGCAAGGGAAGAAAGGCAGAAUGCUUCCGGCUCCGGUCGCAGAAAUUCAGAAUCAAGACGACGUUCUCGCUCCUAUUCUCGCUCGUCUGAUGAUUCAAGAUCACAGAGUGACAGUGCGGAUGAAGCUGAGCGGGAAAGGGAACGUGCUAGACGCGAACGGAGGCAGGAGAACGAACGACAAAUGCGACAAUCUAGAAUGGGAACGGAAAAGAAGAUCCAGAUGAUGGCGAGGGAACAAAACCGUGAUAUCUCUGAAAAGGUCGCCUUGGGGCUAGCGAAGCCAACUCAAAAUAAAGAGACCAUGUACGACUCAAGAUUGUUCAACCAGACAUCUGGAUUUGAUACAGGUUUCAACGAGGACCAGCAUUACGACAAGCCAUUAUUUGCCGCCCAAGACGCCAUCAACAGUAUUUAUCGGCCAUCAACCAACCAGGACGACGAUGACGGUGAAGAUGCAGCAGAUUCCACGUUGAGCAAAAUCCAGAAAUCAAAUCGAUUCGACACGCUGGGCACGUCCAAGAACUUCAAGGGAACCGAACUAUCUGAGCGGCAUGAGGGACCGGUGCAGUUUGAGAAGGAUAAAGAUGAUCCGUUCGGCAUCGACAGCUUGAUUGGGGAAGCUUCGGCACGGCAGAGUGGGGAGAGCAAGAAGCGAUAUGGUCUGGAAGAAGCAGGCCCCAGUGACAGAGAGAAAAAGAGAGCAAGAGUGGACGAGGAUGUUUAG